AUGCCAUCGGAGGCACGGGCGCUGAGUCAGAUCCCGGCCGGCCACGUUCCAUUCAUCUCACAAAUAGAUCUUCUCAUCUUCAAAAUAUACUCCUGCGGCUUACGCGCACAAGUUGCCAAGAAACGUAUCGAUGCCCAAGAUGCCCAGCUUCUGUUACAGAACAUGACGACACCGCUCCGCCUCACCGCCUCACAGCUCGCAAUUGUUGAGCCCUGUAUCACCGACGUAGUCGCCAAUAGCACCAAGACUCAGGAUUGGUGGAAGCAGUGUCUAGGUCUGGUGGCUCAAGAAUCGACUCCGGCGCCUACUCCUGCGGCAAAUGAAUACUGGACUUGGAGCCCAGAAUAUCGGAGGUACUACCACUUGAACAGUGAUGGGUCUUAUGAGUGGGCUGCACAAGCUGGGUCUUCGAGUGGCCAGCAAUCGAGCUCAGGCAGGGGCAGAGGUCGGUAG